GCGGCUGUAAAAGAGAAAGGAAGUAUUUAGCUCACACCGUUUUCAUUGGAAGAGAAAGUCGAAGAUAAUUUAGCGCAGAUUUUAUCCUCGAGCCAGUGUCUGUUUUUUUUCUCUCCACUCAAACAACAAAGUUGCCGCUCUUUCACGAUGUCCUUUAACAAGGGUCCUGCCUUCGGACUAACAGCGGAGGUGAAAAACAAGAUUGCACAGAAGUACGACCCUCAAAAAGAAGAGGAGCUGAGGAUCUGGAUCGAAGACAUCACUGGCAAGUGUGUUGGCCCUGACUUCCAGAAGGGCUUGAAGGAUGGAGUCAUCCUGUGCGAACUUAUCAACACACUUGCACCAAAUUCUGUGAGGAAGAUCAACCACUCUGCACUGAACUGGCAUCAGCUGGAGAACCUGACGAACUUCAUCAAAGCCACCACAGCAUAUGGCCUGAAGCCUCAUGACAUAUUUGAAGCCAAUGACCUGUUUGAGAACGGCAACAUGACGCAGGUCCAAACAGCGCUGCUCGCACUCGCUAACAUGGUAAGACUUAAAAAAGACACUAUAUAUGACACUUGUAUAGGGAGUGAUGUUUUUACUAUCCAGAAAGUAAAAUUCUUUUUUAUGACGGCCUUCAAUGCUCUUUUCUCUCAGGCUAAGACCAAGGGCAUCCAGUCUCGGGUGGACAUUGGGGUCAAGUACGCAGACAAGCAGGAGAGGGUGUUUGAUGAAGAGAAGAUGAAGGCUGGACAGUGUGUUAUUGGCCUACAGAUGGGGACCAACAAGUGUGCCAGCCAGGCAGGUAUGAACGCUUACGGCACCAGGAGGCACUUAUAUGACCCCAAAAAUCAAGUCCAGACCCCCUUGGACAACACAACCAUCAGCCUGCAAAUGGGAACCAACAAGGGAGCGAGCCAGGCUGGGAUGACUGCUCCAGGGACACGGCGUGCCAUUUACGACCAGAAGCUGUGCACAGACAAGUGUGACAACAGCACCAUGUCCCUGCAGAUGGGCUACAGCCGCGGAGCCAACCAGAGCGGGCAGAACUUCGGCCUGGGGCGGCAGAUAUUUGACGCCAAAUACUGUCCUCAGCCAGGAGAGGUUCCAGAUGAUCAAAAUGGGGAAGGUGUUGCCUGCAACUACAUCCCAGAUUACCAAGACGAGGGUUACCAAGGUUACCAGGAAGAAGAGCAGGUGUACCAAGAUGAUGGGACAGAUUACUAGGAGGAGGGAAGGAAGGAGAUGAGGAAGGGAAAGAGGUUGCAUAAAAGAGGGAUCCUCCAGGCAGGCGGUUUAUUUUUAUAUCCAUGGGAUGUGGCACCGUUUCCUGGGUCAUAUCCUUUUGAGUAUUGUAUGAAAUCGUUUUCUUACCCCUAUUUGUGCAAGACCAAUGUUACACAUAUCAUGAUGAACUGUAGUUCUGUGAUUUUUAUAUUUAAAGUGACCACAAAAGCCAAGUCUUUUUGGCUUGGUUAGUUUUCUAUUCCAGGGAUGUUUUUAUUAAUGUGCCAAAACCCCUUUAUUCUCUUUUUGCAUUUUUUUUUUUUUUUUUUUUGGCUGACAUGUAAGUUACAUUCAAGGGAGAUCCUUAGAUUUUUGUAAGGGCAACAUGAAAUGAAAUUAAAAGUGAAACAUUAGGGAUUUUUUUUUUUUUUUUUUUGUAGAGGAAGUGCAUCUUACUUCAUUUUUGCAACAUUUUGAAUACAACACCCUUGCUUGUGUUUGUGUGUAAAAGCUGUAUCAUCUGUGUCAACAACAUAAUUCCUGUGAACGAGAAUGUGCAUUUGUUUGUGUUAUUUCUACAGUAUCAUCUUCAUUCCUUCAGUAUUGGUCAUUCACAUAGAGUUCACUUGUUCAGGCAGAUAAGGAAACAAAAUUGAAUUUUUAUUUUUUUAGAACAAAUCAGUUGUAUCUUUUUUACAUUCCAUCUUUUCUCUCACUCAUUUCAGUUUUCUUUCAUUUUUUCUUACCAGCUGAAAUAUGUCCUUUGUUUGCAUAACCAGACCAACUGGAGUUAGCUUGUUUUCUUUGGAUUAAAGUUGGUGGGGGAGGAUAAAAUAAUACUCAAGUGAAGUUUUGAACAUUCCAAGCAAGAAUACUUGAUUCUUUUUUGUCAGUGAAUAAUGUUAAAGUAAAUCAUUCUUAAGUAUUGGCUGAAAUGCGAAACCAAUCCUACAAUUACAUUUGAUCAUUUUUAUUUAUGCACAUUUGUAAUUUUUAAAUGGGGGUUGUUUUGUACUUUGAAUAACAUUUGUAUUGGACUAUACUUCUUUUUCCUCUGGAAUAUUCUCUCUGCCAUUUGGAAAAAGCAAUGUUUGAAUUGAGAAGUAUGUGUUUGUGAAUACGGUGUAAUAAAAAUGUGUAUUCAUGUGUUGA